UGACAUUUGGCUAGGCGUAGUUUUUGCGCUCUUUCGAUUAACAAGCUCAUUGUUAAAACUGCCGCUCAGUCAACGUUUAGACACCAAAGCGAAAGGUUCAUAAUUUUUAAACGUUCUUCAUCAAAAAACCAGUUUAGAGUUCCAUCGCAAUUUAAAUCACGAACGUUGUUUUAUUUUUCUCUCGCUCUUUGCACGAAAAAAACGCUAAAAAUGACUUCGACAUCAUUCAAUGUUGGCAUGAGCAGUGACCGUAGUUCCAGCCGUGUAUUGAAGCCUCCAGGCGGUGGUCACACAAGCAUAUUUGGAGAAUCGGAAGUUAAGGUGAACAGCCCACGACCAAAGUAUGAUCAACAAAAUUCAUCGAAUUUGAAUUUCUGCAUGAAUACCACCGAUGCAAACGUAUUGGUCGAGCAAGUUAAACAUGAGAUCGAACCGAAGCCCGCGGAAGCAAAACCAGCAACGCCGGUGGCCCCACCCAACAGCAUUCAAUUCAGCGAUUCGGCUGAGCAAGCAUCGCUACCAAACCGAGGUAGUCGCGUUCCACCAGGAGGUUUCUCCAGCGGUGGCUUCUGGUAAACAUCCAUUCAUUCGUAUCUCACACCAAUAUUCUUCUUUCCGCAAAAAAAAAACAAGAACCCAUUUUUGACGGCUACUUAAAUUUUUUUCUUACUCAUAUCUUAAGACAUACAAACUAACGUGACUUAGAUCAUUAAUCUGUAAGUUGAAUAGGUUUUUUUUUGGUGCGCAAUCGAAAUACUAUACAAUUAAUCGUGAGUUUAUUUCCAUUGCUUCGUUGUAACAAUAUCGCUCUCUUUUAAGACAACUACCAGUACUUUCAAACGCUCCCUUGAAUUCGUUCAAGUUGUUGUUUUUUUUCGUAUAUUCCUGUUUUUUCGUAAUGGCUUACAUAAGAUGUCCAGAAUUUAUUGAUCAAAUAUCCAAAAUGUUUUCGAUAGUUACUUGACUUGUACUGCGUUUUAAGUGAUACCAACCAAAUUUUUCAUUCAAAUAUGCGAUUGUAUUCAAUCAAAAUACAUUAAAAAGAGAUAUUCCGGCUAACCAACAAA